GGCUGGUGGCGGCGGCCGGGCCGGGGUGAGCAGCGGUUCGGUGGCUUCACCUGUCCCCAUUCACCGGCGGCGACCGGCGGAGGCGGGCAGCGCGUCAGGCGGAGAGAGCCGCCGCCAGGAAUGAAUCUGAAGUCUGCUGCAGUAAAACACUGAAGGCUUUAAAAUGUUUUCUUGCAUAAAACUCAAAGUUUAGCUGCUUAUGAGGAUAGGGAAGGCAGGAAGCUAAUGUCUGUCUCAAGAUACAGGACAGCUGUUUGCUCAUCAACCUCAACUGUGUGUGCAACAGAGGAACAUGGCUCAAGAAACUAAUCACAGCCAAGUGCCUAUGCUUUGUUCCACUGGCUGCGGAUUUUAUGGAAACCCUCGUACAAAUGGCAUGUGUUCAGUAUGUUAUAAAGAACAUCUUCAAAGACAGAAUAGUAGUAAUGGUAGAAUAAGCCCACCUGCACCUUCUGUCAGUAGUCUGUCUGAGUCUUUACCAGUUCAGUGCACAGAUGGCAGUAUCCCAGAAACUCAGUCGGCGUUAGACUCUACAUCUUCAUCUAUGCAGCCAAGCCCUGUAUCAAAUCAGUCACUUUUAUCAGAAUCUGUAGCAUCUUCCCAAGUGGACAGUACCUCUGUGGAUAAAGCAAUACCUGAAACAGAAGACCUGCAAGCUUCAGUAUCAGAAACGGCACAGCAGCCAUCUGAAGAGCAAAGCAAGUCUCUUGAAAAACCAAAACAAAAAAAGAAUCGCUGUUUCAUGUGCAGGAAGAAAGUGGGACUUACUGGGUUUGAAUGUCGGUGUGGAAAUGUUUACUGUGGUGUACACCGUUACUCAGAUGUACACAAUUGCUCUUACAAUUACAAAGCUGAUGCUGCUGAGAAAAUCAGAAAAGAAAAUCCAGUAGUUGUUGGUGAAAAGAUCCAGAAGAUUUGAACUCCUGGAAUACAAAAUCCUUUGACCAUCUGCAAACUAAAAAUUGACUUGAGGUUUUUUUUCCUAGUCAUUGGGAAUGUAGAGCAAUGUAUCUUGCAUAGACCUUUUAAUCAUGCAUGUCAUCAGAAGAAUAGAUUUUUGUUUUUGUUUUGAAAAUGACUCUGAACAUUUAUUUACAUUGCAGUUUCUGUGGCUGAAAAGACUUAAGUAAACUUUACAAGUAUUAUCCUUUUAAGAUCAUUUUAAUUUUAGUUGAGUGCAGAGGGCUUUUAUAACAAACGUGGAGAAAUGUCGGAGGGCUGUGAUUUUUCCAGUAUUAAACAUGCAUGCGUUAAUCUUGCAGUUUAUUUUCUCAUUGUGUAUGUAUAUAUAGCUUUUCUCUGCAGCACGAUUUCUCUUUUGAUAAAUGCCCUUUAGGGCACAACUAGUUAUCAGUAUCUGAAUGUAUCUUAAUCAUUAUGGCUGCUUCUGUUUUUCAUUAACAAAGGUUAUACAUAUGUUAGCAUAUAGUUUCUUUGCACCCACUAUUUAUGUUUGAAUCAUUUGUCACAGGAGAGUGUGUGCUGAUGAGAUUCGAAGUUUGUGUGUUUUUAAAUUUUUUUGAGCGAGGGAAGGAAAAGCUGUAUGCAUUUCAUUGCUGACUGCAGGUUUCUUUCAGAUUACGUUCAUUGGUCUGUGUGUAUACAAUAUGAAGAAUGAUCUGAAGUAAUUGUGCUGUAUUUAUGUUUAUCUACCAGUCUUUGAUUAAAUAAAAAGGAAAACCAUAA